UAAUCAGUAUCGAAUCGAUCCCCUUCGGUGGAAGGUGAUUAUUUAACGUUGAUCGUUUCUGCUUUGCAUUGUCGCGCGGCGACCUGUUUUUCACAAGCGUCCCCGAGAAUCCCAUCGCGAGAGCUAUGUCGGAGGCAUAUUUAGACGAGUACGAGCACUUCAACUACGAUUACGACAAGCACAUCUUCACCGCGCACGGCGGUAAGCAGAGGAGCAAACGCGAGGCUGUCACGCAUACCAAUCAUUUCGACCCGAGCGGCCAUUCCAGAAAGAUCCUCACCAAGCUGAUGAAUACCGAGCACAACAAACGGCAGACCGGCAAGACCAAGGUCUAAUCUGCGAAG